AUGGAGAAUCCAGCAUUCCAGACUCCUCAAGCCCAAUUUGGUGACUCUGGUUUAUUUCAUGAUUUCAUUGACGAUGACAACUUUGAGCAAUUUAUCAGUCUCAUUAGAGGAGAAAAUGCAGAUCCCAUCACUGCUUUCAACUCUAAUUAUGAUGCAGAGCUCGUUUUCGAUCAUGGGUUAUUGGUUGAAAGUCAAUCGUGUCCCACCACCUUGGGAGAUACGUUUGCUUUCAACUCCACGUGUAAUUCAGAGCCCAACUCCAUUUUCAUGCCAUUACCACCCUUCAGUGGAGAUGUGGAGGGAAGGGAUGAUGAAAAUGAUGGUGAUGGUGACGAUGAUUCUACUGCAGCAACGACUACAACUAAAUCGGAAAACAAGACAAAAGGCGACCGUUCGAGAACGCUGGUUUCUGAGGGGAGGAGGAGAAGUCGAAUGAAGGAGAAGCUCUACGCAUUGCGUUCCUUGGUUCCUAACAUCACUAAGAUGGACAAGGCAUCCAUUGUAGGAGAUGCAGUGUUGUAUGUGCAAGAGCUGCAAACGCAAGCUAAUAAGCUACGAGCAGAAAUAGCAGAGCUUGAGUCAUCCUUCAAAGGAGAAGAAAGAUAUCAGAGUUUGRUCGUCGACAGCCCAAMGAAGACAAAGCAAGCGUUUGCACAGAAGAAGCAUCAUCCAGUUUGUAGGCAGAUACUCAAGAUGGAUAUAUUUCAAGUAGAGGAAAGAGGGUUUUACGUGAGGGUAGAAUGCAACAAGGGAGAAGGGGUGACUGUGGCUCUUUACAAAGCACUUGAGUCCCUAACGGGAUUCCACCUUCAGAGCUCCAACUGUGCCACGGUUUCUGAUCAGAGAUUCGUCCUCACAUUUACUAUCAACAUAGUUGGAGAAUGUGGGGAAGAGAUGAUAAACUUGUCGUCACUGAAGAUAUGGGUGGCUGGAGCUUUUCUCAACCAGGGAUUCGAAUACAACAACUACGUCUUGUCUCCUUGAUCACUUACUCUUUCUUCCCUCAACAUGGAUUAAUUUCUACAAAAUAGUGUAUCAGUACUUCUCUCUAUAGAAGUUGCUAUAUAGUCUAUAAACUGUACUAUGACUUAACCAAUAAGGGGAUAGAAAUGGGCUUACCUGCAAUCAUCAAGCUCCACAAGUUU